GGUUCACGAAACUUCAUCCUCAUUACCCUUUUGCGAUACCACAAUGCAAGCUGCCGCCAACGCUGCCCAAAAUUAUAUGGGACCUCUUCCCACCGAUGUCCAUCCAGAGUAUGAGCCCGCAGAAUCAGGGGAGAAGAUGAGGGCUUUGGCCUGGUUUGGUACCAAGGACGUGCGGAUGAUCGACGCCCCUAUUCCCAAAGUCACGGAGCCGGACGACGUCAUCCUCAAAGUCACUGCGACUACUAUCUGCGGCAGUGAUCUGCACCUGUAUCAUGGAGAAAUUAUGGCCCUGCAAAAGGGAGAAAUCCUUGGACAUGAAUUCAUGGGUGUCGUCGACUCUGUCGGCCCUAGUGUGAAAAACCUCGAACCAGGCCAGCGUGUCGUCGCCUCGUUCCAAAUCGCCUGUGGCGAAUGCGAGUUUUGCAAGAAAAAGAUUUCGUCCAUGUGUGACCGCACCAAUCCAUCUUCCCUUCAGAAAGCGAUGUAUGGAACCACUGACGCUGGAUUUUUUGGGUACUCCCAUUUCGCGGGAGGAUUCCCUGGAGGUCAGGCUGAAUACGUUCGCGUUCCCAAAGGAAACGUGAACCUUCUCCCCGUCCCUGACGACCUCGCGGACGAGCAAGUACUCUUCCUUAGUGACAUACUCCCGACAAGUUACCAUGCUGUCGUCGAUACUGGAGUCGAAGAGGGCGAUACUGUUGCUGUUUGGGGUCUUGGACCAGUCGGCAUGUAUGUUGCCAAAUUUGCUCUGCUGAAGGGUGCUUCCAAGGUUAUCGGCAUCGACCAAGUCCCCGAACGACUCGAGUUCGCCGAACAAUCUCUCGGUAUCGAGACUAUCAACUUCAAGGAACACAAAGACGUACCCGCACGUAUCCGAGAAAUAAUUGGAGAGAAGGGUGUGGACGUUUGCAUUGAUGCAGGCUCCUUCCAUGAACCCAAGUCGUUCACACACAAGGUUCAGAAGUUCCUAAUGCUCGAAACCGACGCCCCAGAGACAAUCAACGAAAUGUUGCUCGCUGUUCGUAAGAUGGGCAGGUGUGGCAUCAUCGCAGUCUACGCCGGAUAUGCGAACGGUGUUAACGUCGGUGCCUUGAUGGAGAAGGGUAUCCGUUUGAUUGGAAAUGGUCAAGCACCAGUCCAUCUCUACUGGAAGGAUAUCUUGGAGAACUACAUUAAGACCGGGAAGCUGGAUCCUACAUUUAUCAUUUCCCAUAGGGUAGGUUUGGAAGAUCUGCCUGCCCUCUACGCCGCGUUCGACGCGAGGACAGCUGGCGUGGAAAAGGUGGUGGUGGAUACAAAAUUCACGAAGGCGCUGGGAAGACGCAGCGACAACGUUCCACCUUUGACCAGGGUUCAAGAUUGGAAGAACGACCCUGAAAAGUCCAGUAUCUCAGUGAAUUAGUUGGUUCGUAAUCGGAAUCGUAGUAGCAGUUUCGGACCUGUAUAUUAGUAUGUAGCAACCCCCAAUUUAACUGUCACCUG